AUGCAGAUGUUGGCAUAUGGAGGAAAGCAGCCAGUUCCAUACCAGCAGGGCAUCUGUCAGAGUCAAGUACUUGAGCCCGGCAUCACCGGCAAUUUCACGAGCACAGCAAUGGAGUUAGUGACGGACAAGGCAAAUUGCACAUCUGGAGACUUCAACUCGGAAGCGGCAUUAGCAUGUCUACGAGAAUUGGAUACUGAGACAUUACUCGCAGCAUCUAUUGCUACAUACCAAAACGGCGUUUCCCACAACAUUGGGGAUAUAUGGCUCCCCAGCGUCGAUGGCGAUUUUCUCCCUGAUGCGCCGUCAGUACUGGUCGCUCAGCGGCGCUUUGCCCCGGUUACCACAAUGAUGGGAUGGUGUGAGGAUGAUGUUACUCGAUUUGUGUAUCCAAAUAUAACAACGUCAAAGGGAGUAGCGGACUUCAUUGCAUCCUAUGCGCCGGAUGUAUCUCGGAAAAAUAUCGAUACUCUGCUGAAGUUGUAUCCUACAGAUGAGUUCCCUGAGAACAAAACUGCUGGAUUAUCCAGAGACUUCUAUCGCACGGCCAGAAUCUUCCGAGAUAUAGUGAUGACAUGCGAACCCUUCCUAGUUGGAGAGCAUGCCGCUGCAGAAGGAGCUGAUGCGUAUUUCUUCGCCUGGAACCAAACUAUAGCUCCAAGUGCACUGGGAGUGUUGCAUGGAGCCGAUUUGCCAUACGUCUAUGCCAACCUUUCUGCUUAUAUACCUCCUGGAUCACCCAUACGCCCAACCGCAUCGGACUAUGAAUUAUCACAUAGAGCCACACGAUCCUGGUCAACAUUCGGCAGUACCAAAGAACCAAGUUUACCAGGCCAUAAUACCUUCAAAGGGUUUCGAAAAAGCUUCUCCAAACACAAUGAGAUACUAGUAUUUGUUGCCGGUGGCCCCAACGAAGGGCUGUCGAAUAUUGACGACCAUGGUCCGCAUAGCGUCAUAGGAGGACAGAAAUUGAGAGAGAGAUGUAACUUCAUCAACUCUCCGGAAAUGAUUCAUGAGUUACGAUUCUAG